CUAAUUGAAUAUAUUUGGAUUUUUUGGAAAAACCUUGUAUAGGUUGGUGCGGCCUGGAACUGGUUUAACUAUUUAAUUAAUCAUGGACACUUAAUUACUGAUGAACAACCGUACCAAUUAUAGUAAACAGAAUAAAUAAAUAAAGAGAGACCGCGUGACAUGCAAUAUAAUUAAUCGCGGGAAUGAAUUUUAAAGUUAAUUGAAUUGUUUAAAUAUUUCAAAUGUUUAACUUAAAAUAGGUAGACAAAUAUAUUUUUAAUAAACCAUGGACAAUUGAACAUGCAUUUAAAAUGUUUCAUCGAUUAGUUAGUGAUGUUAUCGCGCGACACUCAUUAUAAUAGAGUAUUAAUUAUUCCAUUCUCCAGUAUCAUUUUAACUACUGGCCAAGAACUACUGAGAAGAAUUAAUGUUCACUUCACUGCAAAAAUAUUUCUCGCCAGUUGUGAAUGAGGAUGAAGAACUAUGUUUUCUGCAGAUCUUCAAACCCUUGUAUAUUGUGCUCUCCGCUCUCGGAUUAUUUCCUCAAGCUGUACGCUUUCCUGAUGGAAUACAAAAUACCACUUUGAAUAUCAAAAACAGUGUGAUAAAUUCGAUGUGUACCUUGUUUAUGAUUGUAAUUGUUCAUGCCUUUUUGGUAUUCCAUUUACAAGAAUUGAACAUCUCCAGUAAAGAUAACUCCAUGACGGAAGAUAAUAUGACUCUAAUGAACUACAUUAUUGGCUUAGUUUUAGAAAUACUAUUUUGUACGGUUUCUUAUUUCUGUGUGAUUCGUGACAGAAAUUUAUACAUUACUAUGCUGAACGACAUGGCUGUUUGCUGGGAUAAGCUUGCAAUGGGAAAGAGGAGACUGAUACUCGGACGAUUACGUGUACAUAUCAACUGUGUAGUUUUGACCACUGUGCUGGCAAUGAUUCUUGUGCUGGCUGUGGCCACAUACACUAGCUAUUUAGGAGUUUGGAAGAUGAUAUUAAUAACCCUGACAUUUGUCUUACCAGAUCUGAUACAGUUUACGAUGAUAGCGUUUUAUUUAGUACUGAUAUUGAUGGUUGUGGCGCUGUUAAAGAAUAUUGAAGAGGAGUUUAAAGUGAUUUCACUGGUGAAGAAUAACGCUCCUAAUGAUUUGGUUGAAGCUCAUUUGGUAGUAAGCAUUCGUGAAAUAAGGGAAAUAUACGUAAAGACGAUGGAGAUUAAGAGGCGGAUUAAUGAGGCGUUCCAGGCGCCGAUACUUGUGGCCAUGAUGGUAUGCUUCCUAGAGUUGGUGAGCAUGCCUCACAUGAUAUACCACGGGCUGUCGUUCCAGGCUAACUUCACUAUGCAUGAUGCUGUCGAGUGCACCAUAUGGGUGUUAAAUCAGUUACUUAAAAUGUACGCUUUAGCUAAAUCGGGUUCUUUGCUGAACUCACAGGUAAAUGAAAUUGGGCGCACUAUUCACAAUAUCCCGAUAAGUGGCGAUAAAGACUUGAAACUGUAUUUAGAUGUUCUACAUUUUUCAUCAUUGAUGAGUUAUCAGGACACAGCGAUUACCAUUUAUGGAUAUUUUCCUUUGGAUUCAACUCUCGUAUUUAAUAUUGUUGCGUCUGCUGCAAUGUAUUUAGUAAUUUUGGUACAGUUCGAUAAACCGGAGUAAAUGACAUCUACAGCGAAACUUGGUCUCCGUGCUAAUCUAAACAAUAAAAUCGAAGGAUGUUAUUUCAUAAUAAAUAAUAUAUUAUUA